ACUGAUAAAGAAAGUUUCUACUUACCAUUUAAAUGUGGUUUUUAGCAUAUCUAGCAAUGUCCUGAUUUUUUCUCUCGAUGGUUCCUACACCUGGGAAACAGUCCCUUAUAAUAUGCCUUUGAAGUGGCUCUAAAAGUUGUUCUUUGCAUUGCGAGAUCAAAGAUGUUAAGGCAAAUCUGGAGAUGUGCUCUACACCCUUGCCAAAAUAACUGGAAAGCCUGCAUCAAAUUUCAGUUGUUUGACAAAUUCCUCCCUUUGGCUAUCAGCAAUGUUUCUAAUUCUUAAAUGUUCUAUGAUUGCGGUUGGAAAUAUUACUUUCUUCGUUAAUGUAUACGCCUAUUUCUAGGCAAUCGGUAUCAGAAAAAGAGAGCGAGAGAGAGAGAGAAUUAUCGACAUCAAUGAUAACUUGAAGAGAUUGAAACCUGCCAUUAUCAUUUCAACUUGACUAUUCCUGUAUUUAAGUGAUUUACUGUCAAUAAUCAUUCUUUGGAUAUCAGUUUUCGCAAGUAACCAAACGAUAACACACCCUUAAUCUGGAAACCACUGUGAGUUUCGAAACCUGCCUCCACCAAUAUGGCGAUAAACCACAACAGAUGUUUUUAUUUCACAAAGCUAAAGUGUCUUAAUGGACUUAGGAAAUUUGUGUUUCUGCCCAGGAUACCAAAGCACGUGCAAAAGGCAAUGGCUGUACUGUACCCAGCUCUUGAGAAAGGAAUAUUUUAAUAAUUUCUUGUUUUGUCGAUUCUUUUGUCUUGAUGUUUUGUAUCCUUAUCCCACCAGCCCUGAAAAUCGUUUGCCUGCUGUUGUGUUCUUGAAAACAGAGUUUGAUAUUUAUAAAGUCAUUAACAUGUAUUUGUGGGUUUUAACCACAUGGUUUAAUAAAUUGCUAUGAAAAUUGUAAACAGCCCGCCUCUAUUCCUGAUAAGCCGAGAUAUAGCCAUACGGGUGCAAGCUCCUCCCCAAUCCCAUCACUGUACGUUGCUCUUGGUUUUCAAAUUUAUGAAUCACGCGUUAACAACACUAACCCUUAAGGGGACUUCAGGUCCUUCACUUGGCUUAAUUCAUCCAUUUUUUACAAAAUCUUACUGAUGUUACUGUUAUUUCUGAUUUUAUAGGAAUUCUACGGUUUUCUUUAAAACUGUAUACAGUAGCCUAAAUAAAGAGCAUUUCAAACAAUUUUUAUGACGCCUAUACUCCUCUUCACUAUUUGAUUACAAUGUAUUAUUUGACGUAAUAUUGCCAAAAUUUAAAAUUCAUGACGUAUUAUUCAUGAAAUUACUGCUAAUGUGCAAUAAGGAGAGAAAGAGCCUCAUCUAACGCGCUAUGAAUCGUCACGUGGUGCUGUAUAACAAGAGCCGCCAGAUUUGAAGUAGAAAGACUGGACAAGAAAAGCAGUCAUACUCUAAAAAUAGCGAUGGAAAGCUGGCAGAUAAGCCUGCUUGUAGUAACUGCCAUAACAGUCUUUCAAGUACACGGAUAUUGUGUGCCAGGCACAGAUACAACAUUAGAAGUUGUUCAGCCAGUUGGCAGUCAGAAAGUCCAAGUCCCUGCUAGUGGUACAACCAAAUUGGAAGUACGUUACAAAGGGCACCCCGCAAUAAGAUGGUACGUCAAUGGAAAAGAAAUACCCACAUCGUCACAAUCGCCCCAUUAUGAAUUCGUUAAAGGGGGCCCAGGAUUGAAUCAAAUAGGCCCUAUUUUGAAAAUAAAGAAUUUCAAGAAAGAAUUAGCUGGCGAUUACAAGGUUACAAUAAACAAAGAUGGUUGUGUUAACAGCAAAACGAUAACGGUUGCACUUGACAAAUCUUUCAACCUGCAGUUCUAUAUUGACACAAUUCUAAACAAAGUUCCCUACCUCAAGACUAAAGCAGGCAUUUGUUUAUUUCUGGUUGGCAUUGGAUUCUUAUUUGUCAUCAUUCCACUGAUGAUAUGUGGUGCCCUCUGUUCCAAAAUACGAAAGUUAAAAAAGGAGCUCCGUUCUGAAAAAGGCAAAAUCGACAUGUAUUUCGAAUACGAAACGAAAAAUAAAGGACACUCCAAAGGAAAACAUACAGCAAAGAAAAAGGCUCACAAAGAAAAAUCGACUUCAAAGGAAAGAGAAUCUUUGAUCGAAGAUUCAAGCUCAUCCGAUGAUCAUACACGGCCGAAAAAGAAACACAAAUCUCAUCAUGAUAGAGAAAAGUAGGGGAUUUCCCAAGCAAACUAUGAUGUAAUGUCUGUAGUGAGGAUAAAUUAUCGUUUCUAAGAAGCAAUUUUUUCUUCCGGGUAAACAAUUUUGUGAUAAAUGUCUUUCCUUUCUUAGCUACUAGUCAGCAAGGACCGCGCACCAGUUUAAAUGUGGUGAGGGCUGAAAAGGCAUGACCGGAAAUGUUUUGACGCCACGCCCUCUAGAACGCCGAAAAACGCCCCUUUUAGAAAACACUUGCUUAAUUCUACGGAAGUUUUAAAAACAUUCUGGUUCAGAGUAUAUGUCAAUAUCUAUAGAAGUAGAUGAAAUUAGCUUGGGGAUAAUAAAACUUCAAGAAAAACACCUAGAAAAUGAACAAAAAGGGUUCCCAGUCAAGAAAAACUGCUACUCCUAAGGAGUAUACUAUCAAUAUUGCGCUGAAGCAUAGUUAGAGAAAACUUUCCAAAAAAUUUCUUAUCUAUUAUUGCAAAAAAGUGGAGGGGCUAUAGCCCCUGCUAGCCCAAUGGUACCCUGGGUACCAGACUCACUAUAUAUUAAAUAAUAAUAGAGAGUCUCUACUCUCUUUUAUUUUAUAUAGUGAGUCUGGUACCCAGGGUAGCCCAAUGGCUGCGCGGUGCCUGGUUAUGGUCCAUGUUUCUUUCGAGUAAAGUAAAGCUAUACAUUUUCUAUACAGAAAAGUGCUGGGGCCCAAUGGCUGCGCGGUGCCUGCUAGUCAAAUCACCCCUUUACUAUGUAUGCAUGAAGUUUUAACAAACCAUAUAAAGCAAAAUUUGAUGAUAUCGUCCCUGAAAAUGAAGUUGAUGUUUCUGAUUUUAGGAUGACAUGCCAACCAAUGGCGUUUUAUCGAACAUUUGUGAAAAUUUGCAAAUCAACCAUCAUUGCAAGAUUUUGGAAGAAUUUUUAGGAGACUUUAGCGAUAUUAUACUGUUAUGUGAUUCAAAACAUCGAUCUUUAAAGACUAGUUUCCUAUUGAGGAGGUUUUCUAAACAUCAAAACUUGAAGGGCUGCAGAAACCUUAUAAUUCUUUUAUUUGCAUCCUAGCGUGAAGCCUUUUUUCGAUCCAGUUUCUUCUCCAAUGAGACAACUUGAUGAUUAACAGUUGGCUGCUAGUAGCCCUGAAAACGCUGAAUAUGAUAGUCUAAAACCUCCCUACCCCUAAAUAUCUUGGCAUCAGAAGUUCCGAAAAGGCCUUUUAGCAACUUGUUCAAUGACAAGGAACUCUAACUCAUUGAAGAUCAUGCCUAAAUUCGGAAGGGUUGAUGCUGUUAGGUUUUCAUUUUUUUAUUCAAUCGUUUCUGUAUAGAAUAGCCUGCCAGACAGUAUUGUGAUGCAGGCAAAUUCGGAUACCUUUUACAACC